UUCACCACAAGAAAACUUAAAAAAUGAAGGGACUGUCGAUCUUGGCUCUGAUGAUGGCCGCCACCGCCUGCGUGCUGGCCCAGGAAGAAUCAAAUGAAGCGGGAAUAGCGGACGAAACGGCCGUGGUCGACGAUAAAGCUGCCAGCGACGAUGCUGAAUUUAAAUGCGUCAAUUGCCACCCUCAUUGCCCACCCAGUUGUGUUAAACCAACUCCUCCUCAUUACAAUCACCACCAUCAUCCUUAUCACUGCCCCACGUGCCCACCCAGACCCACUUGCCCCACGUGCCCACCCAAACCCACUUGCCCCACCUGCCCACCUCCAAUUACUUGUCCACCCCCACACACUUGCCCUCCUCCUCCUCAUUGCCCAACUUGUCCUACUUGCCACACAAAGCCCCCUUGCCAUACUUGCCCAACCAAGCCACAUUGUCCAAUUUGUCCUACCAUUCCUACCCUUCCCCCUAAGCCCUGCCUCAAACCUCAUCCCACUCUGAUCGGAGUCUGCCUCGAUGUGGAUAUCGGCAUCGGCAAGUAAAAAUGAGGGUCGAAUAAGACGACCAAACGAAUCCGGCAGUUCCAGCAACGUCCUCGGCAGAUUUUACAGCGUCCAUUGUAGUGUGAUUAGAUUUGUCUGUUUCAAUUAUUUCUGGUUUUUGUUCUGGUCUCUGUGGUUUUUUUUCGUGUCGGUCUAGUGGAUUAUAGUUAACUCCGAUUGAAGCUCGGCAAUUUUGUAUGUGUUGGAUACCCUAAAGAAAAGACAAUAAAAGUACGAUGGAUAUUAAAAA